AUGCGGCAUGGCGUGGAUACAGUGAGCACAUAACGAUCGAGUGGAAAUAUAGUCACAGCAAAGGCGAAUCGCAGCUCUAUAAUGUGUGCACAGUUGAGUGGAUCGGCGGUGGUGCAGGUGGUUGUGCUAUUGGUGGUGCUAGUGAUGAUAUCGGCACCACCGGCCAGUGAAAGUGCCAAGCUCCCGGAACGCCGAUAUCCCGCUGGAGUGGAUUUCUUCGAGCACGAGUUCACCAGCGUCACGGAAGAUGAAUACGAUCCUUAUGGACCCGACAUUGGUGACGACGACUUGGGAAUUGACGAUCCGGAAACAAUGCCCCGACUAUUUCAAGGAGAUAUUGCCAUUGAUCCAUACACCUAUAUCACCCUCCGACUGGGUGUUAAUCCAAUGAGACAUCCAAAACGACUUUGGCCCAACGGCACUAUUCCCUUCGAGAUAAGCCCUCGAUACGCAAAUCCAGAAAGGCAGGCUAUAGUUCAAGCCGUGAAAACCUUCAAUUCCCUAACUUGCGUGCAUUUUGUGCCCUACGAUGGGGAAGUGGAUGACUACCUGUUGAUCGAACCGCCCUUAGAAGGGCCCCAAGGAUGUUGGUCCUAUGUGGGCCGAAGGGGAGGAGAACAAGUGGUGUCCCUCCAACGACCCGAUGAAAACAGUGCCCAUUGCUUCAGCAGCGAGGGAAGAAUAAUGCACGAACUAAUGCACGCUAUAGGCAUAUAUCACGAACAAUCCCGAGCUGAUCGCGACAACUUUGUCAAGAUCCACUGGGACAAUAUCGUCCCUCGAUUCAAAAAGAACUUCAAACUGGUCUCAAAGAAAAAGGGGAAGUACGCCUUCGACUACGAUUACAACUCAGUGAUGCACUACGGGGAAUUUUACUUCAGUAAGCGAAAGGGUGAAAAGCCCACUAUGACCCCCCUGCAACCUGGAGUUAGGAUCGGACAACGAAAGACCAUCAGCAAGAUCGACUGCCUCAAAAUCAACGAGCUUUACGGCUGCUUGCAGGGCCGAAGGGCAAAAAUGUAUCGCAGCUUUUGCCAUCUACUUGGGCUAUAA